AUCGCUCGAACCAAGACAAUUUUUUUUUUACUAAAAUUCAGUUUCUUCCAAACUAUGAAUGUAGAUUCCAGAUUGAUUCUCUUCCACUUGGUUCCUCCCUGCAAUCUUCCCCUAACUAAUUUGCUACCUAACUCAAAGAAACCAGGAGGAAUUCAUACAUUUCACAUAGAGGAGAAGUUAUAGAAGAGCAUGCAUCCCAUUCUCCUAAAUUGAAUAGUAAUCAACUCCUAUAGGAUGAUUCUUUAAACUAAUAACUUCUCGAUGGUUGGUUAGCCAAGGCACAUUUUAUUUUUCUUUAUCCUUGUUCCAUCUCUCCAUUUUUGAGAUAAUGUCGGAGACUAUGGAGAAAUUGAUGACUCUCCUGGUGAUCGCUACGAGCCUUUCUCACCAGUGAGAGGUGCAUGAACGAAAGCAUGGUUCGAUUAAAAAACUCGAAUCUUCCAUCAUACCAUAGGCUCCCACGACAUGAUCGAAGGUCUAUUUGGAGUUUAGAAAUGGAUCAUGCUGAAAGCAAGUAGUCAUGCAAGCCAAUUUGAUAAGGCAUUGCAUGUUUGGUUCCUUUCAAAUUUAAUAGCUAGGCACUAAGUGUGUGAUCAAACUUUAUAGACUUACAUCUCAUGUUCAUGCACAUCUAAAUAAAAGCCUCACGUUCAGUUCAGCUCUGAGAUUCUGUUCAUGGCAAAGAUGCAUAACAACCUUGGAGGUUCAAGAAAGAGGAAGCGAGGGGACCAAAUCUAUACGUUCGAUUCCUUCGGUGAGCCUGGACAGCCAACCGAUUUCAAUGGCACGUUCCAAGAGAACAUUGAAGCCCUCUUAGGGUAUGGGCACCUAGAGGCUCCUGAUCAUGAAGAUAUGAAGUUUCGAUCGUUUCAACUUGAACUCCAUCGCCAUCCUCAAACAAUUUUGAGGCUGUUCAUCGUCGAAGAACUGGUUGGAAUGUCACUUUGCCGCCGAUGUCGCUAUUGCCAUUCUGCUGGUUGGGGUCACCAUAUGAUCUGCAACAAGAGAUAUCACUUUGUGUUACCUGCAAAGGAUGCUAUAACAGAAGCGGAGGAACUCAGCAUCAAGGUUAGCAAUGAAGGGUUCAAGAAAGCAACAACAGGAUCAAAAUCACAGGACUUGGAAGGCCACUUACUACAUGGCGUAAUUCAUUCAAAUGGUUUUGGGCAUCUGCUUUGCAUCAAUGGCUUUGAAGGAGGUUCUUAUUUCGUUUCAGGUCAUCAAAUUCUAGAUUUAUGGGAUCGAAUAUGCGGCGCAUUACAAGUAAGGAAGGUGAGCUUGAUUGACGAGGCAAGGAAGGGAACCAUGGAGCUAAGGUUAAUCCAUGGGGUGGCCUAUGGUGAGUCUUGGUUUGGACAAUGGGGCUACAAAUUUGGCCAUGGAAGCUAUGGGAUCACUCAUCAAAUGUACAAACAAUCUCUUGAAGCCUUGCGAGCCCUCCCACUCUGCCUUUUAAUUCCCCACUUUGCCUUCUCCAGUCAUGAAAUCUCAAUGAUUGUCACCAGAUAUCAGGGAGUCUGCAGUCACACACUUGGAACCCUAGGCCAACUCUUUCACUUCAUGAUUGAACUGAAGGCACGCCUACCCCAACACCCUGCCACUGCUAUGGACUACCAUGGAAUUAUAACCGAAGCUACAUGCAGAUGGUCAGUGAAACGUGUGGAGAUGGCUGCUCAGGUGAUUGUGGAAGCACUUAAGAAGUCUCAGUUCAAAUGGGUAACAAGGCAAGAGGUCAGGGAUGCUGCUAGAAACUACAUUGGCGAUACGGGCCUGCUUGACUACGUGCUCAAAUCGCUUGGAAACCACAUUGUGGGGAACUACAUUGUUCGAAGAAUGGUGAAUCCAGUAACCAAAGUGUUGGAAUACUGCUUGGAAGACAUUUCAAGUGUGUUUCCUAACCUCGAUGGCUUGCCAUCAGGCGGUCAUUGGAAGGCGAGGGUCGGAUUCCAGAUUACAAGGGUGCAGAUCAUGAGAGACAUGCUGUAUCUAUACAAGCACAUCCUCAAAGAGCAAAGGCCAACAACAGCCACAGGUAUAUUUGGUGCUAUUCCAAUGGCAGUAAGAAUGAUCCUUGACAUCAAACACCUUGUGAAGGACUGCGAAGAACCAUUCCCGUCAGUCAGGGAAGUUGAAAGCGAAGGACAUAUGAAACUAACGUGCAUGCUCCGGAUCAGAAACGAUCAGACUAAAGUGGAAAUUACCAUGAAGGAGUUGCCACCGUACGAUAUAGUAGCUAUACCUAUUCAUGCAAGGAUGGCCAACUUAAAAGAGGACGUUGAGAGGUACUUCAGGGAGACUUAUUGGGGUCUGAAGAGCUUCGUAGCUGAGAUGUUGAUCGAUGCCAAGGGAGAGGACUCGGAUUUGGUUUCUGAGGAGAUCAAGUCAGGGACUAGCAUCAUCGUUGAGGGAAGAAUUGAGAAGGAUGAAGAGGAGAUUUAUGAAUGUGGGAAAAAUAAUGGGAUGGUAGAUUGUCCAUGUGGUGCAAGGGAGGAGGAUGGUGAACGGAUGGUUUGCUGCGAUAUAUGUGAAGUUUGGCAGCACACUCGAUGCGUAAGAAUUCCAAAUGAUGAGGACAUUCCUCAUGUCUUUCUUUGUAGACAGUGUGAGAAUGGCAUUGUUUCCUUCCCUUCUAUUCACCAUUAGAGUGCGGUCAUCUUCAAUGGUUUAGUAGUUAUUGAGGGCUUAGUUGAUGAUAAACAAGAAUUAUACUGAAGUAUGCAUUGUAUUAACAAGAUAAUUAAAGUGUUGCUUGUGGUUACAGAUGUCUGAUUUUGAUGGGAAUACAUAGAAUUGGGGAACAUAUAGGGUGGAUCCCAUCGGGUGA